CUCCAUAAUUUCGUCGCUAAGAAACUUGAAUUACUCCAAAUGACUGUAGUCCUUUCUCUGCUUUUCUUUUCUAUAUAGUGUUACUGUGCACGCACUAUUGGCACAUGUUCCAUCUCUGUCGCCAUAAAGCUCGCUGCCCACCAUCCCUUUCUGUUUUCAAUUAUCACUCCUUUACUUCUUGGUUCGGGAAGAGAGAAAAACAAAACCAAGUUGAAUUCUUUUUGUUGAGAACUGAAAAGGGUAUUUCAUUCUUUCUCUUUCAUCGGGGUUCAGAGAGAUAGUGGGCGUGAGUUUGUUGUUCCCCACAUCAAGGGUGCGGGAAGAAAUUUUGUCAGAUAUACAAAAAGGAUGGAAGGAGAGGAAGUAAGUCUGAGUGAAAUCACAGGCCCAUUUCGUCAGGUUCUUCUCAUCUCUGCUGGCGCUAGCCACUCUGUUGCCCUUCUUUCUGGAAAUGUUGUUUGCUCUUGGGGACGGGGAGAGGAUGGGCAAUUAGGCCAUGGUGAUGCUGAGGAUCGACUUUCUCCAACACAAUUGAGUGCCUUAGAUGGCCUUGAAAUUGUAUCUGUUACUUGUGGAGCUGAUCAUACAACUGCAUAUUCUUUAUCACAUGCAGAAGUUUAUAGUUGGGGAUGGGGUGACUUUGGGAGAUUAGGACAUGGCAAUUCUAGUGAUGUUUUCACUCCACAGCCAGUAAAAGCAUUACAUGGUUUGAGGAUAAAGCAAAUUGCCUGUGGAGAUAGCCAUUGUUUAGCUGUGACAAUGGAGGGUGGGGUGCAGAGCUGGGGACGGAAUCAAAAUGGUCAACUUGGUCUUGGCACCACUGAAGAUUCUCUUGUGCCUCAAAAGAUUCAAGCUUUUCAGGGUAUCGCUAUUAAAAUGGUUGCUGCUGGAGCUGAACACAGUGCUGCUGUUGCUGAAGAUGGAACACUUUACGGAUGGGGUUGGGGACAAUAUGGAAACUUGGGCUUGGGUGACAGAAAUGACCGUUUAGUUCCUGAGGAAGUUUCAUCUCUUGAUGGGGAGAAGAUGGUAAUGGUUGCCUGUGGAUGGAGGCAUACCAUAUCUGUCUCUGUUAAUGGUCAAUUGUACACUUAUGGAUGGAGCAAAUAUGGUCAACUAGGACAUGGGGAUUUUGAGGAUCAUCUUGCUCCUCAUAAGCUGGAAGCUUUAAGUGACAGUUUUAUUUCUCAGAUAUCUGGUGGAUGGAGACACACAAUGGCUCUCACAUGUGAUGGAAAACUUUAUGGUUGGGGAUGGAACAAGUUUGGACAGGUUGGAGUUGCUGAUAACGUUGAUCAUUGUUCUCCCAUGCAAGUUAAAUUUCCUCUUGAGCAGAAAGUAGUUCAGGUCUCAUGUGGAUGGAGGCACUCUCUUGCUAUUACUGAAAGACAAAAUGUAUUUUCCUGGGGCAGAGGUACAAAUGGACAACUUGGGCACGGUGAACUGAUGGAUUGGAAUAUUCCAAAGAUUAUUGAGUCAUUGAGUAUGGAUGGGUCCAGUGGGCAACAGAUAGAACCUUCAAAAGUCAAUCCAUCAUCAGGGAAAUCCUAUGUCUCCCCAACAGAGAGAUACGCUGUAGUUCCUGAUGAAACUAGACAAACAGCCAAUUCAGUCGGAGGAAAUGGUGGCGAUGUGAGUGUUCCCGAGAAUGAUGUCAAACGGAUGCGGAUAUGACAUCCUAAACUGGAAUAAUCAGUCACUUUGGACUGAACUUGCAGCUCCAACCUAGGUUAAGAAAAGACAAUUUCUGGCAUCAGUAUAUGGGAAGUAAUGAUGGUCUAUCCUAAGUGGUAAAGUUAUGUCACUUCUUGCAGAACAGUGAAUUUAUUUUACUCUAAAUUGAACUAAAGUGGGAAUGUAGUGGAACUCUUUUAAAUAUUGUCUUCCGUUGCUAAUGUAUCAAAUAUUUUAUUGUUGACUGCUUGUCUUGAACUCUGUCAUAGAGUGGUGACUGCAUGUGGUAUUUAGACCUAGAAGCAAUUUUAUGAAUAUACCAUUCGGAUUUGCAGUACUGAAGCUUGAGGCAUGGUUAUGGGGUGAUGCGGAACAAGAACCUACGGAAGAAUCGUCGACGUUAGGGUUAUUAUUUGCUUUUGUUUUGUUUUUUCUUUUGUUCUUUUUUGGUUUUGGUUUUUAGGCCACCAUAUACUUUUUUUUUUUUUCUUUCCACCAUAUGCUUUUGAUUAUUUAGGUGUUACUUUAAGCUAAUAUUAGUUUUCC